ACCUGAAACAGAAAGAAAAUAAUUGUAAUGUAAAACCAUGUUAAAAAGAGGUAUCGGUAUGAUAUUGACCUAUCAGAUUUCAUUGAUCGACAAGAAGAAAUAACAGUACAUCAGUUCUCGAGACCGACGAACGUUGAUUGAUCAAUAAUUUUCAACGGCAGAGAAAGGGAUGGAAAAUUGGCUCGACUGGUUCGUGCGACUACGCGAAGGAAUGUCUAUGAAUGCUUGCAAGGAAAUUGCCGACGAGUUCUUUGAUUAAUCGAAGACCUUCGUGACGAACCAUUCUAUUAUUCUCGAGAUCGAUAUGUCUUUUAAACCGUACACAUCAAGAAACAACAUGCAUUUAGGUUCUUGUGACAAUUUCAUUACCAAUUGAUGUAAUCAGAAAUUAGUCAUCUUGUAUUGAUAAUGCUAAUGAAACGAUGUUAGAAUUGUUAUUCUAAAAGAGGAGACCAAAAAGUAGUUUAUUCGGCACCUUGAAGAAAACACAAAAGAUCGAUGAAGGAAGUUCAAGUUAGAUCGAGAUAGAACGACGAACCCCGAAGAAUCGAGGGUGCUUCGAACGAUCAUGAAGUAACUGACUCCGCCCCUGUUUCACCGUUGUCAGGACGAUCGACGGGGUAGCUUCCACAGAAUUUCUCUUCGUCGAGGGCAAAGUUCUUGGUCACAGUUCGCGCGUUACAUUCGGCCAAAUGGCUACAACUGAAAAUCUCCGAGCGAAGAUCGAAUAAUAAAGACUUAAAAAUAAUGAAUAACACCAGUUCGAGGUACACGCUGGAUAAGAGAAUCUUAUGGAUCACAAGUUCGAGACGAGAGAAAGUUGAAAAACAUCUUGAGAAAGAAAUUGUGAAAUUCGAUAAUCAUGAGAUCGGCAACGAAGAGGAUGAGGGUGAAACGGAAGGGAGAUAACGAAAAAUGGCUGAUCUUUUAACUGGUAGCAGGGUCAAAGAACUACAAGCCAUGCUAUUUCCGGUGCAACCAAUUCCUGGGGGUGCGCUAGCAAAUUUUAGCAAACUUCAGGAAGUGCAAUUACUACAAUUAGGACGUUACGAUGUACCCCGAAGGGAAACAGAACUAUCAUUGUUCUCGGUACCAUUUGGUACUAGAGAAGAUCAAUCGAAAGAGACCCUUCGAAACGUGUUGGAUUCGCGUUGCAUGAUAGAUGGAAUUACUCAGGAAGCUGCGAGGUGGCCGACGGAAUGCCAAGUACUUCCAGAAAGGGUGAGACACAUAGAAUACACACGAAACAUUCCAGAGCCAUUUUACAUGGCAACCGGCAAGGAACCACGACCAAAACCAUUAGGGGACGAAUUUGGAUCCGUAGUAUUCCGUUAUUACCCCACAAGCAUCACUAACUACUUCAGCAGAUCAUGCGUAGGAGGGAGCACAGUUUUACCAUUUCCAUCAGAAUUUUCCACAGACUCCAGUGGAUACGAAUCAAAGGAAACUGACAAUAAUAACUUGUUCUUCGUAGCCAGAUCUGAUACAACAGACAGCAGCAGUGACCUGCAUUUCGAAUCACGUUUCGAGUCUGGAAACCUCUGUAAAGUUGUCAAAAUCACUGAUACGUAUUAUCAGCUGUAUCUGAGGAAGGAUCUUUAUACUCAGAGGCAUACACAGUGGUAUUACUUUAGAAUAUCAAAUACAAGGAGUAGAACCACUUACAGAUUAUCUAUUGUGAAUCUUUGUAAAGAAGAAAGUUUAUACAACGAAGGUCUGCGACCAUUAUUGUACUCGACAGAAGAUGCCAAGCAACGUGCCGUUGGGUGGAGAAGAUGCGGUGACAAUAUUGCCUACUACAGAAACGAUUCAUCAAGCGACGAAGAGAAGGAAAAACAUACGUUGACGUUCAAUGUUUCUUUCCCUCAUGAUAGAGACACAGUCUACUUGGCACAUUGUUAUCCUUACACCUAUACUGAUUUACAGGAGUACCUCGCCAAACUUGUCGCUGAUCCAGUGAAAACAAGAUUCACAAAACUGCGACUGCUAUGUCGGACGAUAGCUGGAAACGGAGUCUACUAUUUAACAAUCACUGCCCCUACUUACGAUGAAGAGAUGCGAAGGAAAAGAGGUAUUGUGAUCACCGCAAGAGUUCACCCGGGUGAAACACCGUCCAGUUGGACGAUGAAAGGAAUCAUUGACUUCUUAACUGGGGAAUCGGAUCAAGCAAAAGUGCUCCGAGAGAAAUUCGUGUUCAAGCUGGUGCCAAUGUUGAACCCAGACGGCGUAAUCGUAGGCAACAAUCGGUGCUCGUUAUCAGGAAAGGACCUUAACAGACAAUACAGAACAGUGAUGAGGGAGAGCUAUCCUUCGGUCUGGCAUACGAAAUUAAUGAUUCGAAGACUACUCGAGGAAUGUGGGGUAGCCAUAUACUGCGAUUUACACGCUCACUCGAGAAAGCAUAAUAUAUUCGUUUAUGGUUGCCAGAGCAAAAGGACCAAUUCGCAAACGAGGCUCUCCGAGCAGGUUUUCCCUCUGAUGCUUCAUAAGAACGCUGCCGACAAGUUCUCUUUUGAAAAUUGUAAGUUUCAUAUGGAAAAGGGGAAAGAAGGUACAGGAAGGAUGGUCAUGUGGUCCAUGGGAGUUCAGUACAGUUAUACUAUGGAGGCCUCUAUGGGGGGAUCACAGAUUGGAUCGAGAUCUGGUACUCAUUUUUGUACCCAAGAUUACGAACAAAUUGGUAGAGUUUUCUGUGAAACACUGCUGGAUUUCUUUGACCCAGAUCCUGUUAAGGAGAAACUUCGAAGCAAAAUAAUUGUUAGGUUGAUGAAGGAGGGAUCUAGCGCCGAGGAACCAACAAACAUCGACUUAACCGAUUAUUCUAGCGAUGAAGGAGACACGUCGGACAGUUCGGUCUCAGAAAAAGAGGAAACCUUCAUUGAAGGAUCCUGGAGCUGCAACACACCACCACCGACUCCCACAUUCUUGCCACUACGAACCUUCGAGAUGGCGAAAAGAAGGAAUAAAAAAGGAAUCAAUACUAAAAGUUAUCUUCGACGCAAAAGGAUGCUGGCCGGAAGAGCAAUCAUGGAUCUACCUACCACGGAUCCAGGUAGUGAUUUGUGUGACUUAACGGACUCAGCGGAUGAAGGUGUAACGAGAACAGAAGAUUAUUCAGCAAGAAUUCGUGAAGAUUACAAAAACAGAGAAACAGAAAGCAACGAGAAGGAAAGGGUUACCGAUAGUUUGAGCCUACCGGAAAUAGUAAGACCCAGAAGUGUUUCGUUGGACGAGAAUUUAUGUGUGAACAAGAAAGAAUCAAAAACCAAUAAACGGUCGCAUUGUCUUCACUUAAUCAGAGCGUUUAGACAUCAGACGCCUGUGCAAUUUAACAAUCAAGACAUACAAAUUAAGCUCAGCUCGCUACGACAACAAAUAUGGAUGGGAGUUCCAUUGAACGUCGCAGAAAAUAUUGAAAAAAGGAUCGAUCAUUCAUUUGCAAAGGCACCAUUGAGUUGGGGAGUUUCCAAUAUGGCGUCGACACGAGAUAAAAUCAACAACGACGUGUUACUUAAAUCUUGCAGGAAAAAAUUGCAGUCCCUAGAAUACAUUACUAUAGACGACGAUACUAAAAAUGCAGAGGGUAAAUGUAAACGAGAAGAGAUAGCAUUAAGCGACACUAGUCCGGAAGUUGAGCAGCAACGUCCUAACAGUGACCGGAAAUCAAGAAAGAAAAAAUCUCGUCAAAAAUGGCAGAAGAUAGUGAAUUUGAAUUCUAAAGUUGAAGAAACCAAUCGUAGAAAAACAUCUUUUUUAACAAUUAAAACUGAUUCCUUGAAAUUAGUCACCCUGGAAAUCCCAUCUAAAACGCAAACACGACAGCACAAGAUCGAUACGAGAAGAAAGCAUCGAAAAAAUCCUGCUCCCUGUUCAAUUUCGAACGGUGGAAAAACUUCGAAUGUUACUAAGUCUCAGAUAAAGUCACAUACUCGAGGUCAAGUACAAUUGCAACCAUUAAUCGUUCCUUUAUGUGACAGUUCUUCUGACGACUCCAAUGACUCUCGUAGGCAAAGAAUCUCGAAAAAAAAGCAAAAGAAAAAGAAACAAGUGAAAAAAAUUAAAAAAAAUGUGUCCAUAUAAAGCCCAAUUGGCAAUUUGUAUAAUAUUUGUAUUCAAAAUAUGUUCAUUAGGGAUAGUGUUUUUAAACGCAACUGUACUAUAUCUCGUUGAAUUAAGGACUGCAAUUUUGUUACAUAACAAAGAUAUAACGGGGCGCGUACUAAUCAACUAAGAAAUAAUUUACCAACGUAAUUACGAUUUUUCCUUAAUUCAAAUAAAAGAAAGAGAAAAGUUUGUAUUUUUUGUGUUUAGGUAAAUCAACCGUGCUUUGAGUGACAUGCGCGACAGCUAUAGCGUUUCCUCCACGUGCUUUUCACCAGAUAUUGACAAAUAAUAAAUUCAAUCAAAACAUAACCUCGCAAAUUAUUUCUCAACACUUUUAAUGUUUGAUAGCAUAACUCGUCAC